CAGCAAGCCCAGCACGCCCAGCACACAGCGCUGCCCACAGGGCGGCGUCAAACCUGCCGCUGUCCCUUCUCCUGCACAGGAGCCAGAGGGCUCUGGGGUCCUCCAGCCUUGAUAUCCACGGCCCACUGAGCCUGUGAGGGGCUCCUCCAGGGUGCCCUGAGGGACCUGGCAUCGCAGCAUGGAAAUAUCCCAUGAGGCCUUGCAGCAGGAUGGGGAGCUGGUGCUGGUCCGACGGCAACCCCCAGAGCCCCAGGGCCUGCGUGAGAUGCUGAAGGCCAGACUGCGACAGAAUUGCUCAUGCAGUUUGCCGUGUGCCUGGGCACUGGUGCAGGCCCUGUUCCCUGCCAUACACUGGCUGCCCCGGUACCGCCUACGGGAGUACCUGGUAGGAGACAUCAUGUCCGGGCUGGUAAUCGGCAUCAUCCUGGUGCCACAGGCCAUUGCCUACUCACUGCUGGCUGGGCUGCGGCCCAUCCACAGCCUCUACACAUCUUUCUUUGCCAACAUCAUCUACUUCCUCAUGGGGACCUCACACCACGUCUCCGUGGGAAUCUUCAGCUUGCUAUGCCUCAUGGUGGGGCAGGUGGUGGACCGUGAGCUCCAGGAGGCUGGCUUUGACCCUUCCCAGGAUGGCCCAGGACCCUGGGCCAACAGUAGUGCCCUCAACAACUCAGCCAUGACACUGGUGCUUGGGCCACAGGACUGUGGACGGGACUGCCAUGCCAUCCGCGUUGCUACAGCCCUAACGUUGAUGACCGGGAUUUACCAGGUCCUCAUGGGCAUCCUCAGGCUGGGCUUUGUGUCUGCCUACCUCUCACAGUCGCUGCUCGAUGGCUUUGCCAUGGGGGCCUCUGUGACCAUCCUGACCUCACAGCUCCGGCACCUGCUGGGCGUGCGAGUCCCACGGCACCAGGGGCCGGGUAUGGUGGUCAGCACGUGGCUGAGCCUGCUGCGCAACGCCGGGCAGGCCAACGUGUGCGACGUGGUCACCAGCACCGUGUGCCUGGUAGUUCUGCUGGCCUCGAAAGAGCUCUCAGACCGCUACCGGCACCGACUCAGGGUGCCACUGCCCACGGAACUGCUGGUCAUUGUGGUGGCCACAGUGGUGUCCCACUUUGGGCAGCUGCAUGAACGCUUUGGCUCAAGUGUGGCUGGCAACAUCCCUACUGGCUUCGAGGCCCCUGAGGUGCCAGACCCCAAGCUGAUGCAGCGUGUGGCACUGGAUGCAGUGCCCCUGGCCCUCGUGGGCUCGGCCUUCUCCAUCUCACUGGCAGAGAUGUUCGCCCAUAACCACGGCUACUCUGUCCGUGCUAACCAGGAGCUGCUGGCUGUGGGCUGCUGCAAUGUGCUACCUGCCUUCUUCCACUGCUUUGCCACCAGUGCCGCCCUGGCCAAGAGCCUGGUGAAGAUCGCUACCGGCUGCCGGACGCAACUGUCCAGCGUGGUCAGUGCCACUGUAGUACUGCUGGUUCUGCUGGUGUUGGCACCACUUUUUAGAGACCUGCAGCGAAGUGUGCUGGCCUGUGUCAUCGUUGUCAGCUUGCGAGGGGCCCUGCGCAAGGUGAGGGACCUCCCCCAGCUCUGGCGGCUGAGCCGGACAGAUGCAUUGGUCUGGGUGGCCACUGCAGCCACCUGCGUGCUGGUCAGCACAGAGGCCGGGCUGCUGGCUGGCGUGCUCCUCUCGCUGCUCAGCCUGGCAGGCCGCACACAGCACCCGCAUGCUGCCCUCCUCGCCCGCAUUGGGGACUCAGCCUUCUACGAGGACACCACAGAGUUUGAGGGGCUUACCCCUGAGCCUGGGGUGCAGGUGUUCCGUUUUACCGGCCCACUCUGUUACACCAACAAGGACUUUUUCCUGCGGUCACUCUACAGCCUCACGGGACUGGAUGUUGGACGCUGGGCUGCCAGGAGGAAGGAACGGGGCUCAGAGGUGGGGGUCAGUGAGAGCGACCCCAUCGACAACAAGGACUCGGGCCCAGUCAGCAGCAGGGCUGCGCUGGUGGCCGGGGCGACUGGCUUCCACACAGUGAUUAUUGACUGUGCCCCCAUGCUGUUCUUGGAUGCAGCUGGCAUGUCUAUGCUGCAAGACCUGCGCCGAGACUAUGAGGCCCUGGGCAUUGCCCUGCUCUUGGCCUGCUGCAGCCCCUCAGUGAGGGAUACUCUGAGGAAAGGUAGCUUUCUCAGGGAGGACCAGGAGGAGCAGCAGCUGUUCCACAGCGUGCACAGUGCCGUGCAAGCAGCCCGAGUGCGCCGCAGGGAGCUGGCAGCUGCCGACUCCACCCUCUAGCAAGGCCGAGGCCCGCUCGCCGACCUCUACUCCUUCCGAGAGACUGCGGCAGAUAGUGCAAGGCAUCACAAAGAUCCUUGCCAAGGAGUGAUGCCAAGGUCAUCCAAGAGAUACGCCUUGGGCCAUGGCUGCUCUGGUCCUGAAGAAACCAGGGAGCCCCAAAUGGGAUGGGGCGAGUGGCGCUCUGAGCACACAAGGACCCCAAACACUCAGUAAUGAAGAAUCUCUACCUUUGAGACAACUGCUGCCAGGUACCAGCUUGGUCCUGAUGCUGGGCGCCCAAGCAGUCGCUUGGCCUGAGCUCAGAAGGGCUAGGCCAAGUCUGACACACUGCGUGGUCUUACUCGCGUCCAAGGUGCUCAAAGGACAUCCUGUCUCCUGCCAGGUAGUAGUGGGCAGCUGUGCCAAGGCAUGAGGGUCUCUGUGUUUCUGGAAGAGCCUGCCAUAUUUAAGUGCUCCUCACACCUUUGUCUCUGUCCCAGCUGGACCUUGCAGGGUGGCCACCUGCUUCGGGGCAGAUGGUCCAGCAUCAGGGCCAAGGCAGUGUGACCAACACCACCUCAGCCCAGCCCUCAGGCACAGAGUCCCUGCACAGCCAUAUCUGGGAACAUAGCACACUAAGCAACUUGCAAUGGAAUGCUGACUUGACCCUGAACCUACAAGGUCACCUACAAGGUCACCUCCCAGGGGACACCAGCCCUGGUGUCGUAGCCCUCCGCUACGAUGCUCCCUCCCCACCUCACCCCAUCCCUAGGCUGUCCUCCUUGGUCUCCCAUGAGGCCAGCUGUGCCAUAUCUCUUGACCUCACUGUCAUCUCUGUAAGGUGGUCUCUGGCCAGCUGUCCCCCAGAUGCCCAGCCCCAGCAUCACUCACCUGGCUGUGAUGAGCUCCAACAGCCAGUGGGUCCGGACCUGCUGGAUGCCGCCAUGUGGGACAGCACCCACAUAGGCAAGGUUGAGCUGCUGGUCCCAGCUGAGGUCAUACCGGUCAGCCUGGUUGUGUGGCAGUGGGGGGCUGGAGACAGAACAGGAGUGGCUGCAUUAGUUCUGAGCCUUGGUCCUGGCCAGCGGCCUUCACACAGAUCUGGCACCUAUUGUCACAGGGCCUAUGACCACCCCAGCUCUGGGAUCCAGCAGAUGGGCUGGUGCAGGUUUGCUCAGCGAGUAAUAAAAUGACCCUGAAUGUC